AUGAAUCGCUUCUCAUCACUUCGAGGGGCGCAACGAUGUACUCGCAUCUUUAACGUCCCCUCAAGGAGAUUCAAACAUGAGGAUAUGUUUCAACGUGACCCCGUCUACAUAUUCGACGAUCUGUCGCCAACCCCUUCUCACCUUCUCAACAUUACUCUAGCUGAUUUUCUGCCACCCAAAUAUCACGCUCCUGGUUUCCAAGCAUCAGAUUUGCCCCUCAGCCGCCAUGCCAUAACAUUACCACCAGGACAUCAUUUGGUGUACUUCCCACCUCAAGUCCUGAGUCGAGAUCUCCUCCCGGAUGGAACCGAUCCUCUCCAGUCUCCAGGCCCGCCAUAUGUACGACGAAUGUGGGCUGGUGGUUCUUUGCAAUUCAAGCUCAGUGGCUUCUACCCCCAAAACUCACUGGUUCUUGAUGGCCGAAGAGCGUUCUGUAUAGAAAAGAUCCAACAUGUGACGACCAAGGGAGAAGGAGAAAAUGAAAAGGUUUUUGUGAAUAUUGCGAGAGAUAUAAGCACGUCUGAUGCGAUGGAGCUUCCAUGUGCGAAUUCCCAAACCUCGGGGGCGGGGCACGGAUUGUUGGAAUUGAGGAAUCUGGUUUUUAUGAAGGAGAAGAGCGCUGAGGAUGCGAAGAGGGAUGCGGAGAUGCCGGACCGAGUGGUUAAACGUAUGUACCUACCUUCUGGGAAAUCGUUUGAGAGGAGAGUGAUCGUUAACUAAUUUGUGUGGCCACAGCGGUUUAUCAAGCUGAUGUCAGGGUCCCAAUAACGCCAACUCAAGCUCUUCUCUUCCGAUUUUCAGCACUAACAUUCAAUGCUCAUGGCAUUCAUCUUGACCGUCAAUACUGCCGUGAGGUUGAAGGCCGAAGAAAUCUAUUAGUUCACGGGCCUCUAUCCGUUAUCUUUAUGUUGUCCGUUCUGAGAGGGCAGCUUGUGGGCAACGAGGAGAUUUUGCGGUUGGAUUAUAAGAACUUGGCACCUUUGUAUGCUGAUGAGGAAAUGGUUGUCUGUGUAAAGGAAGAUAAAAACAAGGUUCUUUCUGAGUAUCCCGUGUCGCGGAAAUUCGAGGUUUGGAUUGAAGGGGUGGGAGGAGGGUAUGCUGUGAAGGGAUCGGCUAUUGUUAGAGGGACGAUGAAAGGAGAGAAAGCACCCGGAGAGGCUGAUAUGGAAAUUGCUCCUAAGGAGAAAAUGCUUUAUUAG